GGACAUGGGGGGAUGUGGAAAUGGAUGGGGGCUUUGGGGGGACAAUGACAUGAGUAGGGAGGGACAUGGACAUGGAUGGGGUCACAAACUGGGGCAGCAUCAAUGCCACCACCUGCGCCAUCACAAGUGCUACCAGCACCUUCAUCUCAGCAAUAGCAAGCACUGCCUGAUGCAGUUCCUGCUACCAUAUCCCCACUGUCACCACUGCGGUGUCCCAGCUGAAUGUCACCACUCACCAGGGCGAGACGGGGAACUUGUUCAGCUGAUGACAAGUGUCCCAGAAGUGAGUGACAGCCACCAGGGUGUGCCAGGGCCACUGAGCUCAGGGGACCCCAUGGGGACAGGGCAAGAGUCAGUGUCACACUCAAGGUCACAUGGCCUGGUGGCAGUGUCCCCUGACAUGUCCUGGUGGCAGCAUCCCCAUAGGUAUGGCAACAUUGUCCCCUGAUGUGUGUCCUGGUGGCAUCAUGUUCCCUCCCCUCCCUGUCCUCCCCCUGUGUCUCUGUGUCCCUCCUCCUGUGUCCCUGUACCCCGCCCCCAGUGGGGCCAAAGUCCCAGGCCAUGUCCUGCAGGAGAUCCCCCUGCUCCACUGUGUGUCUCCGUGUCCCACAGCGUGUCUCCAUGUCCUUCAAGGUGUCCCUGUGUCCCUCAGAAUGUGGCUACUCCUGGCACUGAGUGUCUGCGCUGGCCCCGGCACAGCUGUGUCCCCAGCUGUUCCCCCACGCCACAUGGACUCGGUACUCGCCAUCCUGGACAUCCUCGAGUCCCCAGCCUGGGGGGGUUCCCCUGGCACUGCCACGGCCUUGGGGAGGCAGCUGGGAGUCUGCAGCACCCCGGGGUGCCGGGCAGUGCUGGGCGAGCCCGCUGGGACUCCCGAACGCCCUCCGGCUCUCACCCCGGGCCAGUGGCAGCUCCUGACCGAGCUCCUCCGCUACGACUCGGCGACUCCGGAGCUGGGGGCGGUGCUGGCCCCUGACGGUUCUACAGUGGCCCUCGGUCCCCUCCUGGCCGGCAUCGAGGCGGGGCUGAGAUCUGGCGGCUUUGGGCGACCCCUCCCCACCCUCAACCCGCCCACCGACCCCCUCUUGGCUGUCACCAUCUCUGAGGCUUUGGGGACAUCCUUCCUGCUGGCACAGGGGGAUGACAACAACGACACCACGCUGGGACCUGACGGCUGCUGGGACGACGUGGAGAACCCCCAAAAUUACACCUUGAGGGGUCCCAUGUCCCCUGUCCCCGACCCCCUGGCCAUCGGGGCCAUGGAUGGGGUGCUCCUGGGGGCGCGGCUGGCCCGGGGACCCCUCCCACUGGCUGAGCUGCUCCAGGGCUACUAUGGGACCGGGAAUGGCUCGGAAGAGGGGAGACCCCCCAGCAGUUACCGGCGCCGGGAUUUUGGAGCUCUAGUGGGACAGGGACGGCUGGAGAAGGAGGUGGCGGCAAUUUUGGGGGUGCUGAGGACCCUGUCGCCCAGCCUGGAGCUCCUGAGGGACGUAGGGACACAGGAGGUGGCAGCUGUGGCUCGUCGGGCAGCACAGGAGUUCAUCGAGCGCUACGUGGAGUGCCCAGCCAUCAUGCCCCGCUGCCUGUGGGACGCCCGUCCCUACCGGGGCACCCCAGCCCUGCUGCAGCCCCCAUUGGGCUUGGUGUUCUUGCACCACACCCUGGAGCCAGCACAGCCCUGCCGGACCUUCAGCGCUUGCGCCCGUGCCAUGAGGGACAUGCAGCGCUUCCAUCAGGACAUUCGUGGCUGGGACGACAUCGGCUACAGCCUCGUGGUGGGCUCGGAUGGGUACUUGUAUGAGGGCCGGGGGUGGCACUGGGUGGGUGCCCACACCAAGGGCUACAAUACCCAAGGCUUUGGAGUUGGCAUCAUCGGGGACUUCACGGCCACCCUGCCCGAUACCGACACACUCGCUCUGGUGCGAGAUGAGCUCCUGCCUUGCGCCGUCCGCUCUGGCCACAUCCGGCCAGACUUUACCCUGCAUGGCCACCGCCAGCUCGGCCACACCGACUGCCCCGGCAAUGCCCUCUUCCAGGAGAUCCAGAGCUGGCCUGGCUUCCAGGGGACACCGGUGGCACCGGGGCUCAGGUGAGGAGUGGCCCUGGCUGGAGAGGGGGCUGGACAGGGGCAGGAGAGGUUGUACACUGGUCCAGAUGGACACCAGACCAUGGAUCCCACUCUGGAUGGACACUGGUCCAGAUGGACAUUAGAGCCAUGGAUCCCAGCUGUACUCUGGUCUGGAUGGCCCCUGGCCCUGUAGCCCACCAGCUUGGCCAGCCCCAGACCAGAUGACCACCAGCCUGGACAUACCCUGGCCCACCCUACUGGCCCACCAGCCCAUCCCAGUAGCCCCCACCCCAAAACCCCGCAAAAUAAAACUAAUUGCAGAA